AUGGCAACGGCACGCAAAACAGGUAGUAGCACGGCCAUGCUCGCCGCCGUUCUGACGCUAAACCUCCUCCUCCUCCACGCAACGACCCUCUCGGAGUCAUGCAGUUCGUGCCCCAAGUCGCCGCUCGUGCCGGCUCCAUGCUCCCCGACGAAGCCGCCGAGCCCCACGUCUCCGCCGCCGAGCGGGGGCAAGUGCCCGGUGAACGCGCUGAAGCUGGGGGCGUGCGCGAGCGUGCUGGGAGGGCUGGUGAGCCUGGAGCUGGGGCAGCAGGGCUCGCCCACGUCGUCGUCGUCGUCCAACUCCAAGAAGCAGCCGUGCUGCGAGCUCCUCGGCGGGCUGGCGGACCUAGACGCGGCCGUGUGCCUGUGCACGGCGCUCCGGGCCAACGUGCUGGGCGUCCUCGAGCUGAGCCUCCCUGUCGAGCUCAGCGUCCUCGUCAACUACUGCGGCAACAAGGUCCCGGCUGGCUUCCAGUGCCCCCUAGCUAAUUAA